GCAUGGGCAAUACCAACUCCCCAAACACACCUGCCAUGCCAGCGUGUGGUCUCCAUAACCCUGUCAGUCCUUGACCUCUCUGCUGAGAGUGCCACCCCCCUGGCCAGCUGCCAGGAUGCUCCGCUGAGUCUGAAGUUCCUUGCAAAACCUCUCCGCUGAGCCUGCUAGGUCUGGAAUUGUCCAUGAUGAGCCCAGCCGGGGGACCAUAAUCUGUGCCUCGUCUGCACCAGGGUUUCACAGCGAGAUCGCUGGCUCCGUGUAAACCCACCUGUUGCUUGCAGUGCGGACAAAGCCGCACCAGGGCUGAGAUGCUUGACACGGUGGUGGAAGACGGCGGGAGGCUGAGGAAAAAGUCAGAGCAUAAGGGGCCAUCUAGUCACAGCGCGGAGCCAGCUGAACCCGUCAGACAGUGCGCUGGCCCGGCAUGUUUUUAUUACUUGCUAGGUUUAUCUCUAGUGCAUCUAUUUCACUGUCCUCUAGGGCCGUGGCUCUUGACCUUUUUUCAUUGGUGGACCUUUAAAAAAUUUCAAAUGGAGGUGCGGACCCCUUUGGAAAUCUUAGCCAUGGUCUGCGGACCCCUGGGUUGAAAACCACUGUUCUGUGGUAACAACCACCUUUCACAGACCCCCUUAGACAUAGUCUGUGGACCACAGGUGGAGAACCACUGCUCUAAUGGAAGGAACAGGAGCUCUGCACCUGGGCGAGAUCCCAUCUGCCCUCCAGUGGCUGCGGAUAACGGCAAGAAGCCCUAAACAUGGCAGCUUCACCCAUCGCUGCUAGCAGGAGUAAUAAUCUCCAGGCCGGAGACUUUUAUGAACCAAGAAACUUUCCUCUUGCUAAACCUUCCAGGCCAGCUGGACCAGAAGCUCUGAUUUCACAGCCCCUCGUGUGGGCAGGUUUCCGGGCCCGCCAUCAGUGGUGAGGCGCGAGAGCAUCACCGGGCACUUCUGUGCUCCCCACGAGGACGAGGCGAUGGUCAGCUGCGGCUUGGACCAAAACCAGUUUGUCAUUUCCGACAGCGAGUUCCCUGGCUCCACCAGGAUCCUUCUGAAGAGACCGUCCUUUUGUCCCAUCAAGCACCUGGAGGAGAGGCAGGCUGCCGCGCUGCCAGAGGCGCUCCGAGGCCGUGGGGUAGACGUGGGGGUGGCUGUCGUACUGCAGUCCGUUGACAGGAGAGUCUUGCUCACACGAAGGGCCAAGAAUCUCAGCAUCUUCCCCAACAUCUGGGUGCCCCCCGGUGGGCACAUGGAGCCGGACGAACAGUUGCUGGAGGCGGGCCUGCGGGAGCUGCAGGAGGAGACAGGCUUGCGGCUGGAGCCGGGCGGGUUCUCCUGGACGAUGCUGGGCCUGUGGGAGUCCGUGUACCCGCCCACGCUGAGCAGGGGGCUGCCGAGGCGGCACCACGUCGUCGCGUACCUGUUGCUGCUUUCCACCGAGAGUCACCAGCAGCUGCAGACGAGGAUCAAGGCGGACGGGAGCGAGGUGAGUGCCUACGCCUGGCUGGAACCCCACGUUCUGGAGUGUAUCGCGGCUGUCGAGGACGGAGCAGAGAACAUGGGGCACGUGCCCAGCAACCUCCCCCCAACCAUCAAAGCCACGGAGCUGAGCGGGGGCUCGGCCCAGCCCACGGAGCUUCCUACUGCGACCUUCCUGAACACAGCACCUGCAGCGGGGGAAGAUGUGGAGCGGGUCAGCACUGGGACCAGGUUUGCCCUGCAGCUCUGGUUAGACACCUUACCGUGCGAGACAAGUGAGCAGCGAAAUCCCAGGCCCCGGCCUCCCCGCAGGGCAGACAGCUGGGGAGCGGAGCGGCCGCCUCAGUGCUGAGUGGCCGGUGAAGCAGGUCGGCUCCGUCACCACCGCCGGCCCUCGGACCUGGUUUUACCAAGCACGGCUGCCGAGGCCUGCCAAGAAUGAAGUUCCUUCUCACCGCUCCAAGCCCUAGCAGGAAGGGAAGGCAGGGAGUGGGGUCGCUCUCUGGCCCUCCCUCCUACGAAGGAAGCGACUGACAGGUGGUUGCAGCCCCUUAUGAAGGGAAGGCACGUCCUGAAUGGACUAGGUGGGAGUGCCAGCACUAAGCCCAAACCCCGGCUGCCUAGGACGGGGGGAGGUAUUCACUGUCUUGGAAGCCAGAGUGUGGACAGACACGUCAAGUAACAUUAGAAUAACCACCCCUGCCCUAGCCAUCCAAGUGUCUUGCUUAGCCAAAGGGGGCACUGAAGAGACAGUGUGUGUCAGUGGUUUGAGCUCAGGACUGCAAGCAAGGAACUCCCGUUCCAAUUCCGCCUUCCACUGACUACUUCAUGGCUCUGCCUCAGUUUCCCCUUAUGUGAAAUGGGGCUAACUCACCCUUCUCCCCAGGUCCCAGCCGCUCAAAUCCAGCUUGAACAGAGUUCUGCUCCACCAGUAACUGACACCGGCACAGUGGGGGGUGUUUUGAACUUUAUUAUCUAAAAGGUAGUUUGCAUAUACAGAAGUGUUGCAAAUAAUAAAACAGCUGGAUAUCAAA